AUGGGCACGAACUUGACAAGAAAUACUGCCGACGUGAAUGAACACAAAGUGUUUACUGCUCACGGAUUCAAAUACUACACUCUCGAUAACAAGGAUGAUGUUUCACAUCCGUUCGCCAUAGACAAUCUAGGAUACGAAGCCGAUGACGAGAGUGACGGCGGUUCUAGCGUCGUCGAUGAACAGUACGACUAUCAUCAAUUGGUUCAUGAUGAUAGCUCUGACGAAUCUUCCAUUGGAUCUACCGAUGAGAGCGAUACCGAGAGUGCCGCUGGAGAAGAAACGGAGGGCCGCAACAGCUGGAGCUUCGAAUCGGAUUCUUUUAAUGGCGAGGAAGACGAAAAAGACCCACUGAUUCAGGAGGACGCCUCGGACGACAACUCAGAUUAA